AUGAGUGACGCUGUUACUAUCAGAACUAGAAAGGUUAUCUCUAACCCAUUAUUAGCAAGAAGACAAUUUGUUAUUGAUGUUUUACAUCCAAACAAAGCUAAUGUUUCUAAAGAUGAAUUAAGAGAAAAAUUAGCUGAAAUUUAUAAAGCUGAAAAAGAUGCUGUUUCAGUUUUCGGUUUCAGAACUCAAUUUGGUGGAGGUAAAUCAACUGGUUUCGGUCUUAUUUAUCAAUCUGUUGCUGAUGCUAAAAAAUUCGAACCAGCUUAUAGAUUAGUUAGAUAUGGUUUAGCUACUAAAGUUGAAAAAGCUUCAAGACAACAAAGAAAACAAAAGAAGAAUAGAGAUAAGAAAAUCUUUGGUACUGCUGCUAAAUUCGCUAAGAAAGCUGCUAAAAGAAAUGCUGAUAACUAG